UUUCUGUGCACCUUGCGGGCGGCGAGGCGGCUGCGAGGGGUUUGCGCCCAGGGAUAGGCAGCCUCACGGACCCGGAGGGCAGACGGACGGACGGACGGAGGGACAGACGGACGCAGAGGACCGGCCCCGAACCCGUACGCCAUGGCUGAGAGGAAGCAAUCCGGGAAAGCAGGCGAGGACGAAGAGGUCCCAGCGUUUUUUAAGAACCUGGGCUCCGGCAGCCCCAAGCCCCGGCAGAAAUUCUGUGGCAUGUUUUGCCCGGUGGAAGGGUCCUCGGAGAACAAGACCAUCGAUUUCGACUCACUGUCGGUGGGCCGGGGCUCGGGGCAGGUGGUGGCUCAGCAGCGGGACGUCGCCCACCUGGGGCCGGACCCGCAGCCGCCCUACUCCCGGCAGGGCCGGCGGCCCGGCGAGGAGCCAUCUGUUGAAUCCGGCCGGAAGGUGGAGAUUCGGCGGGCCACCGGCAAGGAAGCCCUGCAGAACAUCUUAGACCAGAGUGAUCGUCUUCUGAUCAAAGGCGGUAAAAUAGUUAAUGAUGACCAGUCCUUCUAUGCAGACAUAUACAUGGAGGAUGGGCUGAUCAAGCAAAUAGGAGAAAACCUCAUCGUGCCAGGAGGGGUGAAGACCAUCGAGGCCCACUCCAGAAUGGUGAUCCCUGGAGGAAUUGAUGUCCACACUCGGUUCCAGAUGCCCGACCAGGGGAUGACGUCUGCUGAUGACUUCUUUCAGGGCACCAAAGCAGCCCUGGCCGGGGGGACCACCAUGAUCAUUGACCAUGUCGUGCCAGAGCCUGGGACAAGCCUGCUGGCUGCCUUCGACCAGUGGAGGGAGUGGGCUGACAGCAAGUCCUGCUGCGACUACUCUCUGCACGUGGACAUCACCGAGUGGCACAAGGGCAUCCAGGAGGAGAUGGAGGCGCUGGUGAAGGACCACGGGGUAAAUUCCUUCCUCGUGUACAUGGCUUUUAAAGAUCGCUUCCAGCUCACGGAUUCGCAGAUAUAUGAAGUCCUGAGCGUGAUCCGGGACAUUGGUGCCAUCGCCCAAGUCCAUGCGGAAAACGGCGACAUCAUUGCAGAGGAGCAGCAGCGGAUCCUGGAUCUGGGCAUCACAGGCCCCGAGGGACACGUGCUGAGCCGGCCUGAGGAGGUCGAGGCAGAAGCUGUGAAUCGGUCCAUCACCAUUGCCAACCAGACCAACUGCCCACUGUACAUCACCAAGGUGAUGAGCAAGAGUGCGGCCGAAGUCAUCGCCCAGGCCCGGAAAAAGGGAACUGUGGUGUAUGGCGAGCCCAUCACCGCCAGCUUGGGGACUGACGGCUCCCACUACUGGAGCAAAAACUGGGCCAAGGCCGCCGCCUUCGUCACCUCCCCACCUCUGAGCCCUGAUCCUACCACGCCAGACUUCCUGAGCUCCUUGCUGUCCUGUGGGGACCUCCAGGUCACCGGUAGCGCCCACUGUACCUUCAACACUGCCCAGAAGGCUGUGGGAAAGGACAACUUCACUCUGAUUCCUGAGGGCACCAACGGCACUGAGGAGCGGAUGUCUGUCAUCUGGGAUAAGGCUGUGGUCACUGGGAAGAUGGACGAGAACCAGUUUGUGGCUGUGACCAGCACUAACGCAGCCAAAGUCUUCAACCUUUACCCCCGGAAAGGCCGCAUUGCGGUGGGAUCGGACGCAGACCUGGUCAUCUGGGACCCUGACAGCAUGAAAACCAUCUCAGCCAAGACACACAACAGCGCCCUUGAGUACAACAUCUUCGAAGGCAUGGAGUGCCGAGGCUCCCCGCUGGUGGUCAUCAGCCAGGGCAAGAUCGUCCUGGAGGAUGGCACUCUGCACGUCACCGAGGGUUCUGGGCGCUACGUCCCCCGGAAGCCGUUCCCGGACUUUGUUUACAAGCGUAUCAAGGCCAGGAGCAGGCUGGCGGAGUUGAGAGGGGUCCCUCGCGGCCUGUACGAUGGGCCCGUGUGUGAGGUGUCCGUGACCCCCAAGACGGUCACCCCGGCCUCCUCGGCGAAGACGUCCCCUGCCAAGCAGCAGGCCCCGCCUGUACGGAACCUGCACCAGUCCGGAUUCAGCUUGUCUGGCGCCCAGAUUGAUGACAACAUCCCUCGCCGCACCACCCAGCGCAUCGUGGCGCCCCCUGGUGGCCGUGCCAACAUCACCAGCCUGGGCUAGAGCUCCUGGGCCCGCAGCCCUGGGGAUGAGGGAUGGGACCCUGAGGACAUUCUGAGACUUCCUUCCUCCUUCUUCUUCUUCUAAUUCUUCAACUCUUUUUUUUUUUAAGAGCCUGUGAUAGUUGCUGUGGGUAGCCAGUUCCCGGGGCUCCCUCUCGGGCCCCACACUCUGCCUCUCACCUGGAGUUACUGAAUUCGCUCACCCACUCCCCACCCACCGGUAAACACCACACCCCCACCUGGCACCCAGUCUCCGCGGAGCUGUGCCAGCAGGAGACAUGCGCCACAGAGCAGGCCCCGGGGCGCCUCUGCCCGCCUGCCCUCUGCCUCGCCUCUUCCUUGUCCUGGGGAGGAUCAGUGAAUUGCCCUGAGCUGCCUUUUUGUCUUUUCUUUUUAAAUUUUUAAAAAAGGCUGUUUUGGUUUUUGGCGGGGAGGGGGCUGGGAAGGGGUUGGGUGGGAGAGAGUUUUUUUCUUUUUGAAUCCUAAAUGGGAAAGUGACGGAGUGUUAAUGACCCCAGGUUUGACCUGCACGUCCUAAUGAUGCAGUUAUGUAACCAUCGCGCCCUUUCCGGGUGGUUGGCAAACUCUUCGUCCCUCCGGAGCAGCUCCAGAGCGUCCACUUGGCUCUUCUUCGGCCUUCUGGGUCAUCUGUUGAGAAAGGCCGGGUUUUCUCUUGUGGCCUAGAUUUUUGCGGCAGAUUAGAGCUCUUGAGGAUGCGCCUUGCAGUGUUUCCGCGCCCUCUCUCUUGCUCACUCUAGCUUUUUCGUUCAUGAAUAUUUCAGAGGCCCCGGGUCUCGCUUCAUGUUUCCUCCGGCCCUCAUCCCCGAGACAGGGUUUCCCCCUUUCUCCCGCUGUCUCUUCUAACCGCUGGUGUCCGGUGCCCUGCAGUCAGCACCUGCCCGGAAGGACCUGCGCUUUGCCCUCUGCCUCAGUCCUGUGUCCUCCCGGCCCCUGUAGGACUGGUGCUAACUGCCCAGGGUCACAGGUCGGAGUGUGGGUCUGAGUCUCUAACGAGGUGCGGGGAUGGCAGGUUUUCUCCCACACCAGCCCCCUGAGACCGGGGACGGGAAGGGGAGGCUGCAGAAGAAAUGCCGAGUGACCUUCAGACCGGUGAGCCAGCCUGGUACCCAGCGGGCAGCCAACUUCCAGCUGCCCAUCAGCUCCUGGGGCAGUGCACAAGGGAGUCCUGCUUCCAGGACCUGCUCCUGCCCAGGAAGGAUCUUUUGGGUUCUAGAACACACCACGGCUGCUCACUUUGGGAAAAGCACUUGAUCAGUUAUUUCACAAGUGAUCAGGCUGUGUCAACUCAGAAAUCCCUCGGGAAAUUUGACUGCAAGCCCUUUUGACUUGGCAAGGGAGGGAAGAAAAUCUAUGAACCACGGAUCAGGUUGGGGCUGACAUGGGGGGAAGAAAUCUUACAAAUGGAGAGUGCAACCCCCUUGGAAGACCACAGGGGACCUCACACCUGCACCCCUCCCUCUCCCUGUUUCAGGGACCCCUUUGUGCUAGCUGGCUUUCUGUCCCUGCUGACCGUGUCACAUUUCUUUGCAGACAUUUACAGGUCCUCGUGAACAAUGUUAGGUUUGCAGGCGUUUAUGAAACCAAAUCAGCCUUUGUAAAGUGUAACAUCACAAAGUAGGUCAUAGCCGUCACGUGCUUGUGUUCACACGUGUUCGCCUUUGGGGUUCAUGGUUGGGGGUUUUGGUUUUUCGUUGUUGUUUAUUUGUUGUUUUAAAGGUAAAUUGCACUUUUUUAAAAAAAGGAAUCGGUUGACUUAAUAUAUUUUUUUUUUCCUUCUCUCACCUGUGCUUAGAGGAAAUUGGAACAAGUUGGAAAAGACAUUUUUGUUUCAAUUCUAAGAAACACAUGCAGCUCUUCAGUAUUCGCUUGUCUUCCUGUCGUUCUUGUAUCGGGUCAUGGUAAUUUUGGUGUUUAGGUUAUUUUCUUUAAAAAAACAAGACAAACAAACAAAAAAACAAACCACAAUGUAAAACCUGGAGAUUCCCGCAGGCUGUGUAAGCAUGUUCCCCUGUUGGCUUGCUCUGUGUAUCUGUUCAUGAAUGUCAUAUGUAAGCGCUAAACUACGCGCCAGUGUCUCAGAACUCAGUAACCACAGUGACCUGAUGCUCUAAACCAGUGUAGGAUUUAAUACUAGAUGGCUUUUAAUCCCUGAGAUUGUGAUCGUGACUCAUGAGUGGAGGACCUUUCAGUGCUAACGCUGAUCAUGUGUGUAACCAGAGGAGUACCUUUGUUCCUUUUUUUGUUUGUUUGUUUUUGUAACCACUCACUGUCUUAAUGGCAAAAUAAUUAUGGUAAAAACAACAAGUCUCGUGUUUAUUAUUCCUGGAGAUCUCUGUUAUAUUACCAUGGAAAGCCUAAUAAAGCAAACUGUGGUUGCCUCA